AGCUUCUACUUGGUUCAGGGAAAGAAAGUUCUUUGGUUUUUGCGCGGCACGCCCAUUUGCGUUCUAUGGAAGAAGAUCAAGAUUCCGAUUACGUCGGCCUUAGUCCUGUUCUUUCAUCGGAUGAGGAAGACAGAAGAUAUAACGGUUUAAAUUUUGGGGGGUGAAGAAUCGAAUCCGAAUUCUCGGGUUUGGGUUGCACCUUACAAGCCGGCCUAUGGCCGUUCUCACGGCCCAGGUGCCUGUUUCGCUUCUACUUGGUUCAGAGAAGGAAAGUUCUGUGGUUUUUGCGCGGCAGACCUAUUUGCGUUCUAUGGAAGAAGUUCAAGAUUCCGAUUACGUCGGCCUUAGUCCUGUUCUUUCAUCGGAUGAGGAAGACAGAAGAUAUAACGGUUUUUUUGAUCAUUCACUCCACGGAUCCGGCGGCGGUGAUGAAAUCCUUAAUCCUUUCCAUUCAUCGGAUGAGCAAAGGGAAAACGAAAGGAGUCAUCAUUCAGCCAGAUCCGACUAUAUUGAUGAGGGACACUGGCCGGAAGGUGUUCGGAGCUCUCCCAAAAGACGCAAAAUUCCCGAGGUAGAUCGCAUCAGCGAUUUGCCUGACUCCGUCAUCCACCAUAUCCUUUCAUUUUUACCGGCAGAAGAUGCUGUCAAGACCGGUGUUUUGUCUAAGAGGUGGAUGUAUUUAUGGACCUGUGCCCCAAAACUUACUUUCCGACACAAACCUUUUCGUCCUCGAUUUCCUCUUCGGAGAUUCUCGAGGUUUGUCGAUAAAACCCUAUUUUUCUACUCCUCUAGCAAGAUGGAGAAAUUCGAACUAGAAUUUGAAUUUGCGUUUGUCGAAAUGAGAAGGAAACAUUUAGAUUAUUUAAUCCAAAAGUGGCUCCGUUUCGUUACCAGACGUCUUGUAGAGGAGCUUUCUUUGAAAUUCUGCGGGAGAUUUGAUCAAUAUCCCAUCCCGCAAUUUUUCUUUAACAGUUCUUCACUGACAAAAUUAAGUACGACUGAAUGUGAUUAUGCACCCAAGGGACAGGUAUGUUGGACAUCGCUUAGGGUUUUGACUAUAGAACACGCUGAGUUGUCUAAUGAUGUGCUUCAGAAGAUUAUAGCUGGUAGUCCUAUGCUCAAAUACUUGAAAUUGGAUGACUGCUGGGUUAUAAAUAGUAUUAAUAUCAGUUCAAGUUCUGUGCUUGAAUACUUGAAAGUGUGUAGAUGCUGGUCGAUUACUCGUAUUGAUGCUAGCUCAAAUAGUAGGUUAGAAAAAUUGGUGUUGGAAGAAAUGCAGAAUGAUGAGGCUGGGGAACACAAUUAUGUGAUAGAAAUUUUGUGUCCUAGUCUGAAAUCAGUGGAAAUUUCGGGGUGCUGGUUCCGGAAGAUAUGCAGGUUGUUUAAUGAUUUGAACCAAAUUUUCACAGGCCGCACACUAUGGUAUAUACUUCAAGUUCAAGGGUUUCUACUCGAGAAUGCGAGGGUGCUGGAGGAGAUGAUUAUAGACUUUGGAUGUAAGGUUUCAAAGUAUCGUUCCCCUGAAAAGGCCGUACUUUUUGAAGUGACUCAAAAAUUGCCAAGGUUUCCAAAAUGCUCACCUCAAGCGACCCAUUUGCGUUCUAUGGAAGAAGAUCAAGAUUCCGAUUACGUCGGCUGUCGUCCUGUUCUUUUAUCGGAUGAGGAACACAAAAGCUAUAACGGGUUUUUUGAUCAUUCACUCGCCGGAACCGGAUCCAGCGAUGGUGAUGAAAUCCUUAGUCCUUCCCAUUCAUCGGAUGAGCAAAGGGAAAACGAAAGGAAUCAUUAUUCAGCCAGGUCUGACUAUAGUGAUGAACGACACUGGCCGGAAGGUGUUCAGAGCUCUCCCAAAAGACAGAAAACUCCGGAGGUAGAUCGCAUCAGCAACUUGCCUGAGUCCAUCAUCCACCAUAUCCUCUCAUUUUUACUGGCUGAAGACGCCGUCAAGACCGGUGUUUUGUCUAAGAGAUGGAAGUAUUUAUGGACUUGUGCCCCAAAACUUACCUUCCGACACAAUCCUCAUCAUCUUGGAUUUUCUCGUCAGAGAUUCUUCAGGUUUGUCUGUAAAACCCUAUUUUUCUACUCCUCUAGCAAGAUGGAGAAAUUCGAACUAGAUUUCAAUUAUAUGUUUAGUGGAAUGAGUAGGGAUCAUUUAGAUCCUUUAAUCCAAAAGUGGCUCGAUUUCGUUAUCAGACGUUUUGUAGAGGAGCUUUCUUUGAAAUUCUGCAGAAGUAAUGACUAUUGCUACCAUAAUUAUCAAUAUCGCAUCCCGCAAUUUGUCUUCAACAGUUCUUCACUGACAAAAUUAAGUACGAGUAAAUGUUAUUAUGCACCCAAUGGACAAAUAUGUUGGACAUCGCUUAAGCUUUUGACUAUAGAACAUGCUGAGUUGUCCAAUGAUGUGCUUCAAAAGAUUUUAGCUGGUAGUCCUAUGCUUAAAUACUUGAAAUUGCAUGACUGCUGGGUUAUAACUGGUAUUUAUAUCAGUUCAAGUUCUGUGCUUGAAUACUUGGAAGUGCGUAGAUGCGAGCAUAUAACUCGUAUUGAUGCUAGCUCAAAUAGUAGCUUAGCAAAAUUGGUGUUGAAAGAAAUGCGGAAUGAUGAGGAUGAGGAAGACAAUAAUGUGAUAGAAAUUUCCUGUCCUAAUCUGAAAUCAGUGGAAAUUUCGGGGUGCUGGUUCCAAAAGAUAUGCAGGUUGUUGGAUGUAUCCUCCUUAAUCAAUGCCUGCCUUACAUUCGAACUUGAGGUUUCUCAGUUUGAUUACAUUGACAUCCCAAAGGAGCUGCUUGAGAAAAUCAAGCACGUCAAGAAAAUUACUCUUGGCUCUUAUUGCGUUCAAGUUCUGUCUUUAUUAGAGUUCAGGGGAUUGGCCUCUCCAUUGUCUGGCAGCAGUUGCGAAUGCUUAACUCUGAAUACAAAUCUUAACGAAUGGUAUCCCUUUGGGUUGGCACACUUGCUUCACUGCUUUGCAACUUUACAGAAACUAGUCAUAGACAUGACAAUUAUUUCUGAGGUUGAGGUAUGACUUUCUGGGAGAUCACCUGACGAGGUUUUUCCAGAAAACUAUCUGGAAAGCGUGAAAAGAACUUUCAGUUGCUUGCUUGAACAUCUAGAGACCAUUGAGAUUACUGGCUUUAGAUCCUAUCAGAAUGAACCAGAUGAUCUUCCAUUGGUAAGUUUUCUGCUUGGGAAUGCGAGUGUGCUAAAACAGAUGGUCAUACACUUUGGAUGCAAAGUUUCAGAGUUUAAUUUAGCUGGAAAGGCUAAACAUUCUGAUCUGAUUCAAAAAUUGCAAAGCUUCCCAAGAUGCUCCCCC